GAGAUUGGUGUACGUGUCCAGUCCAUCCCCACCGGUCGGACCGGGUCCAACUCCCACUUCCCAGCAAACAGCGGCGGAGAUGGCGGGCCCAGGAGGAGGAGCGCUCGCCGCGAUGCCCCGCCUCCUCCCCCUCCUGCUCCUCUGCUGCUUCGCCGGCGGCGCCCGCGCCUCCCCCGCCGCCGACGCGCUCCGCCGCGUCGCCCCGCGUGCCGCCGCCGGCGGCCUCUGCCAGCAGCUGCUCCUGCCGCUGGGCUACCCGUGCACCGAGCACACCGUUGAAACAGAUGACGGCUUUCUUUUGUCUCUUCAGCAUAUUCCACAUGGCAAAAAUGUAGUAGCAGAUAAUACUGGACCUCCAGUUUUUCUCCAACACGGUCUUUUUCAGGGUGGAGACACAUGGUUUAUAAACUCUGCUGAACAGUCACUUGGAUAUAUCCUUGCUGAUAAUGGUUUUGAUGUAUGGAUUGGAAACGUCCGCGGUACACGUUGGAGUAAAGGCCAUUCAAUACUCUCCGUUCAUGAUAAGCUUUUCUGGGAUUGGAGUUGGCAAGAGCUCGCUGAAUAUGACCUUUCGGCAAUGUUACGCUAUGUAUAUACAGUUACACAGUCAAAAAUUUUAUAUGUGGGACACUCACAGGGAACUAUUAUGGGUCUAGCUGCAUUUACAAAUCCUGAAAUAGUAAAGAUGAUUAGCUCUGCUGCGCUUCUUUGUCCCAUUUCCUACCUCGAUCAUGUUAGUGCCAGUUUUGUUAUUAGAGCAGUUGCCAUGCAUCUUGACCAGAUGCUUAUUACUAUGGGCAUCCAUCAGCUGAACUUUCGGAGCGAUAUGGGUGUACAAAUAGUAGACUCUUUGUGCGACGAUGAACGUUUGGACUGCAACAAUUUGCUUUCUGCAAUAACAGGUGAAAACUGUUGCUUCAAUUCAUCACGAAUUGACUAUUAUUUGGAGUACGAACCCCAUCCAUCAUCAACAAAAAAUUUGCGUCAUCUUUUCCAGAUGAUCAGGAAAGGCACAUUUGCAAAGUACGACUACGGAUGGUGGGGAAACGUAAGGCGCUAUGGUCAGCUGCAUCCUCCCCCAUUCGAUCUUAGCAGCAUACCAGAAUCAUUGCCAAUUUGGAUGGGAUAUGGCGGCUUUGAUGCUUUGGCCGAUGUAACGGAUGUUCAACGUACUGUCAGAGAGUUGAGACGUAAGCCAGAACUGCUGUACGUUCGUGAUUAUGGCCACAUUGAUUUCAUCAUGAGCGUGAAGGCAAAAGACGACGUUUAUAUCGACCUAAUGAGAUUUCUCUGGGCCAAGCAGGGAUGGCACAGUAGCUAUUAGGACUCUUACAUCUCCACAACAUGACAGUAUCACUAUGUUAAUUUGUAUAUAAGCUGCUUGUUGAUGUGCGUAGAUGCUGUCAGUAGCGAGUCAAUCAUUGCUCUUGUGUGGAUUAUUACCCAUUUGCUACUGGUUCGAGUAUCAUAGUAGAUAUAUAACUGCUUGAAGAAAAUGUAGCCCAAACAGUUCGACUUAUUUUAUGUCGACCGGAUGCUUUGCAUCCACGCCAUGUGCUGUUCAAAAGAGCCAAAUUCAGUCC